CAUCUUGUUCUCAUUCUGGCUUUGCCAACAGAUUCAAUAUGUCCCAGUCCAGCAGAGGAAGGAACAAUCCGGUUUAUCACACAAACCAUCCAGAGGAGCCCACAAGCCCAGGACAAAAUGAAGAUUAUCUACACUCUGAUCAGAAUGUGCUGUACACAGAAAGUACUACUGCAGAGCCAACAAGAAUGUCAACAUGCGGCCAAAACUCUCCCAGUGGUCAAGGACAAGACAUGUUGGAGGCUACAUAUGGAGCUGGCAAUGAAGUCGAACAAACAAGCACAAAUGAGCAUUAUUAUAUGGCAGAUAAUAAUGAUAUCCCCACCCCAGAGGUUGAUAAUGUGUAUUCUGUAUAUGACACGAUCCAAGCUGAAAACUCUGCCAUGUACGCUGCCCCAUCAGGGGAAAAUGAAGAAGAUGGUAAUUCUAAUGGAAACAUCAAAAAAGAACAGCAAAACACUGAAAACAUCAUGCAAGCAGACAGUACACUGACUGACGAUGGUGACAUUGAACCUUAUGCUGUUACAGACAUGUUUGAUAACGAAACCUAUCUUGGCACAACAACAAAUCUCAGCACAUCAAAAAAAUGCUUGCCAACAGGCUUCAGCUGACUCCAGUCAUGACACCACCCAACACGUACACAAGCUUCCCAAUCCUCCAAAUGCAAAGGUUUGUUAUCCAAAUCCGAUGUACAGAGCAGACCUCCAAAAGGCCAAUAAACUUCACGUGACUCGACGUUUUUUUGCUGCAUUGGGGGUAGUCCUGCUGGUUAUGGGACCAAUCAUAGGAUUUUAUCUCUUUGCUCCAGGCAUGCAUAAGGAUAGUCCUAUGAAAGAAGUCAGCAACUUAAGUACAAUGAAUGUACAUGUAACAGAAGUGACC